ACCUCACCUUGGUAGAAGAUUCCAAGAUGGCUGCGCCGUGUACGAAGGGGGUGUUGGGAUAUGUUUUGUGUAUUUUCAUCGUGUUUUCGAUGAAAGUGCGGAAUAUAAACUCGCAGCCUCCUUCAACUUUGCGCCAGGUGAACUUGCUGUAUCGCCAUGGAGACCGAAGCCCCGCAGGUGGAACCUUUCCGACUGACCCUUACCAGGAGGAUUCCUGGCCACAGGGAUGGGGACAGCUGUCAAAGCUCGGGAUGCAAGAGCAAUGUGAACUUGGACAAUUCCUGCGUAAGAGAUACAACGGCUUUCUGAACAGCUCAUACAUCAGAACAGAGAUCACAGUUCGCAGCACAGACGUGGACCGUACGCUGAUGAGCGCCCAGUGUAACCUGGCCUGCCUGUAUCCACCAGGAAAAGAGCAACAGUGGAAUAAGUCCAUCAUCUGGCAGCCUAUACCUGUACAUACUAGACCAGUGGAUGAGGACCCUUUGCUACGGACUGACGAGCCAUGCCCAAAAUACAACAAAGUUUUCAAUGAAUUGAUGCAGUCAAAACUUGUGAAGGAUGAAGAAGUACAGAACAAAGCCUUCUACCAGUUCAUAAGCAACAAAACUGGAUAUCCUCAUGAGAAUAUCAGUAUCUUCUGGGACGUCCAGGAUCCACUGUUUUGUGAGUGGGUACACAAUAAGACCCUCCCUUCAUGGGUCAAUUCCACAUGGCAGCCCACAGGGCAGAAUGUAUGGGACAUGAUCAGGAAUACCACAAACUUCUCUUGGCAACUGCUGUUUCGGACAAAAGAAAUGAGAAGACUUCGAGGGGGUUUGUUGGUGGGAGAGAUGAUCAACAACAUGAAGAAUAAAAUCAAGCUUGGGCCAAACAACAAGUCUGAACCCAAGAUGCACAUGUAUUCAGCUCACGACACCACUGUGGCCGCCAUGUUGAAUGCUCUGGAUGUGUUCAAUGGCGUCCAGCCUCCUUAUGCAUCCAUGGUCGCCCUAGAAUUACAUGAAAAAGACAACUCGCACUGGGUAGAAGUUCUCUACAGGAACCUCUCCAGAGAUCCCGGAGCCGUCAAUGAUUUUACACUUAUUCAUCACUUGACCAUACCAAACUGCAGUAUCCAGUGUCCUUUUGAUAAAUUUAUCAGCCUGACUAAAGACGUGAUUCCAGUGAACUCGCAGGCGUGGGCAGAAGAGUGCGAGAUGCCGUCCAGUACGACAAGUGGACUCAGCAUGCCCAUGAUCAUUGUGAUUAGCAUUGUGGGGGCCGCCAUUUUGCUCCUUGUGAUUGGUCUCAGUGCUCUGUGCCUCAGUCGAAGCUGUAAAGGAAAACGCCAAAUGCGUUAUCAGGAAUGGAGCACGACAGGAAUAACAAGCUGACAAUACGCACCUCUCCUUGCACAGGAUUUUGUGUCAGAAGACGAGUUGUGAUUUAUUAUAAUAGCUAUUUAACUGUUAAGUAUUCCAGGGGUAAUUUCACAAAGAAUUUCGGAUGAAGUUUGGUCUGAAUCUUAAGACUGGGAUAUUUGGUCUGCUUUAAACCAAGAUAAAUCGGCAAUAGACCAUGGAAAUGAAACUGCACAUGGAACAAACUCCAUGAAAGGCAAAAAAUGGCUCAUGAUUUUGAUCAGUGACACUCAACUUCAUUGGACUAUCGCAGAAUUAUCCUGAAUUGAAGUUGAUCAGUAUUAACGGUCUUCAUCUUUUGACACACUUCUUGCCUGAAGUUUACAUUAAUUAAUUUAUUAAUUUAUUAAUUUAUUUAUUUAUUUAUUUUGGGGAGGGGCAACGGUCAGUAAGGUAUUUUUCAUUCUUGGCUAAUUUAUAUAUAAAAUGCUCUAUUGUUUCAACUUUUUUGUCUGGCAUGAGAAAACUGCAUCUAGUAACAAGAACUCCCAGUGCCAAAAAUUGUCUUUUUGAUUAAUCUCUCAACAUUUUUUGGGGCAAUAGAUUUUUGUGUGAGAGCAGGGGGGGUAUUAGCGUAGAAGACUGGCAAUAGCCAGCAAAAUUUCGAAAAAUCUCUGUAAUCCGAAAGCCUUUGAGCCAAUGCAUAAAGAAUUAAGGAAAAAUGAGAUUUUUAAUUUAUUCAUUCAAAAUGAACUGAAGAAAUUGUUCUUUUAUCAUGGGCAAGAUGAAGUGAUCUGAACUGAUUUUGCAAUAUGAAUGUCUUUUAAGUUUUUUCUAUUUAAUCUAUGUGAGAAGAUAAUAAGGGCACUAAUGAUAUAAUAAAUCUAUAACGCAUGUAAUGAGCUUAUAUUGAAUACAUGCAGCUGCUCUGUGAUUCUAAUUUUUAAUGGAAAUCAUCCAAGGGGGCCCAAAAUCUUGUGACUUGGGGCCCCAUUCCCCUAGACACCCACAGUCUAGGUAGAUUUAUCAAACUCUGCAGGGACUCUCGCUGAGUGCAAUCAGCUUUAAUGAAUUACUUGCCUCCUUGCAUUGAGUGGAAAAAAGAAGGGCUAUUAGUAACAGGAGAAAGUUAGAAACAAGAGGAGGCCAUUUGUUUACUUAAGCAUGUUGUACUCAGCAAGAGUCACCCAAGUUGGCUCAAUCUGCAUAGACUGAUGGUGUCUGUGGGAAUGGGAUCAUAGUGUAAAAAAGUGGGGUUUUGAGGGAAAAUGGGCGCAAAAAUAAAUGCAGCAACAAAUAAAAGUUGAUAGUAUUAUCCACCUUACACAUAUUCCGUCACUUUUUUUUGUCUUGUAUGAUGUCACAGUGCCAGGGGGCCCCUUUUAAAGGAUCUCAGAAGAUUCCCAUUGCUAUACAGCUGUGUAUUGUGCUGCUUUGAAUUAAGUGAUUAAAUUAUGUCCAGUGUUUGUGUCACUGUAGUAUUUAUUAACUUGAUAUUUAAUUGUUACUGUUACUGACGCUAUAUAUUAAGAAAAAUUACUCAUAUUGAGUGAAAUUAUAAGAAAUUCCUGACUGCUUAUGAUAUGUUAUUGUAUGAUUAUUGUCCAUGUGGUUGUAACACUUAUCUGAAAUAAACGUAUACGUAUUUAUAA